CUCCCAGCUGUGUCGCAUCACAGACAAGUGCUAGGAAUUUCGUUUUGUGAAUCUGCUGUGUUAAAGUACGCCCCAACCUACUUAUCGAAAUGAGGGAAUGUAUUUCGGUGCACAUUGGACAGGCUGGUGUCCAGAUCGGAAAUGCCUGCUGGGAGCUGUACUGCUUGGAGCACGGCAUCCAGCCCGACGGCCACAUGCCCUCCGAUAAGACCGUGGGCGGUGGCGACGACUCCUUCAACACCUUCUUCAGCGAGACGGGAGCCGGAAAGCAUGUGCCGCGUGCCGUGUUCGUCGACCUGGAGCCCACUGUGGUGGACGAGGUGCGCACGGGCACCUACCGGCAGCUGUUCCACCCGGAGCAACUGAUCACCGGCAAGGAGGAUGCGGCCAACAACUACGCCAGAGGCCACUACACCAUCGGCAAGGAGAUCGUCGACUUGGUCCUGGACAGGAUUCGCAAGCUGGCCGAUCAGUGCACCGGACUGCAGGGCUUCCUUGUCUUCCACUCCUUCGGCGGAGGCACUGGCUCCGGCUUCACCUCGCUGCUCAUGGAGCGCCUCUCCGUCGACUACGGAAAGAAGUCGAAGCUAGAGUUCUCCAUCUACCCAGCUCCACAAGUAUCCACAGCUGUGGUCGAGCCGUACAAUUCGAUCUUAACCACCCACACAACGCUGGAGCACUCGGACUGUGCAUUUAUGGUCGACAACGAGGCAAUCUACGACAUCUGCCGGCGCAACUUGGAUAUCGAGCGACCCACCUACAUGAACCUCAAUCGCCUAAUUGGCCAGAUCGUUUCCUCCAUCACGGCCUCGUUGCGCUUCGAUGGCGCCCUGAAUGUGGAUCUCACCGAGUUCCAGACCAAUCUGGUGCCCUACCCACGCAUCCACUUCCCGUUGGCCACCUACGCCCCCGUGAUAUCCGUGGAGAAGGCCUACCACGAGCAGCUGACCGUGGCGGAGAUCACGAACGCCUGCUUCGAGCCCGCCAACCAGAUGGUGAAGUGCGAUCCCCGCCGGGGCAAGUACAUGGCCUGCUGCAUGCUCUACCGCGGCGACGUGGUGCCCAAGGAUGUGAAUGCCGCGAUCGCCACCAUCAAGACGAAGCGAUCCAUCCAGUUCGUGGACUGGUGCCCCACCGGCUUCAAGGUGGGCAUCAACUACCAGCCACCGACGGUGGUUCCCGGCGGGGAUCUGGCCAAGGUGCAGCGGGCGGUGUGCAUGCUGUCCAACACCACGGCCAUCGCCGAGGCCUGGGCUCGGCUCGAUCACAAGUUCGAUCUGAUGUACGCCAAGAGGGCCUUCGUCCACUGGUAUGUCGGUGAGGGAAUGGAGGAGGGCGAGUUCGCCGAGGCUCGCGAGGAUCUCGCCGCCCUCGAGAAGGACUACGAGGAGGUGGGCAUCGACUCCACCACCGAACUGGGCGAGGACGAGGAGUACUAGGCCCAAAUGGAGCACCACAAACGAAUGUCCCAAUGGUCCUGCAAACUCACUACACUUCACAUUUACCUACUGAAUCAAAAAAGCAUGAAAUAUCGCAAUAAAAAAGCCUAACACAAA